CUUGUCUGCGCUUACGUACCUCCAGGUAGUAUAUGCGUGAUGUCCAGUUUCAACUACGACUCUGCCUUUUCCCCAUCGCCGCCAAACACUGGUACCGAAUCGGUGGAUACGGAAUUACAAAAUUUCGUACAACUAAUGCAGCAUCGUGCGGGCUUCCAAACAAAAGUUAAUCAACUAACUUCUUUGUGUUGGGAUAGAUGUUUCUCCGGAUACAAUCCAAAUAAGAUUGACCUGGUCAAGUCAAAUUGCAUGGAGAACUGCACUGAGCGAUAUAUGGAUGUUUCGCUGCUCAUUCGUAAUCGUUUCCAAGCCAUGUUAGGCAAGCUGCAGCAACAGCAGUGAAUAGACGUUCAAUCCCCGCACUUCUGAAAUAUUCGAUUACAAUUCCUAGAGCUUCUCAUCGGAAAUCUUUUCAGCAAGCCUUCCCGUGUCAAUCACUGUAAACAGAAAACUUCGAUUUCUUACCUUUUUUACCAAAAAAUACACUUUUACACUUUUGAAGUCCACAUAUACUCACUUUUGUGAAUCCCAAAGAGGAAAAUGAGCGGAAAACUUUCCACAAACAAUUGCUUUCGAUUAGUUCAUCAUCAUCACCUUUUCCAACUUAGCGUCUAUUAUUGUAACGACCUGAUGAUGAACUAAUCGAAAACAAUUGUUUGUCGAAAGUUUUCCGCUCAUUUUCCUCUUUGGGUCCACAUGCAUUCUAGCGCUUCUGUUUUCAACAGCUUAACACCGCAUAAAUCGCUAUACGCCUUAUAUGUUAUGCAAUUCAGCGGAUUCGUUUUCAGGAACACAUCUUGUAACCAAAUUCAGGAACAAAUCGAACAGUGGGAAACGAUACUAUUUACAAAGCGAUAUAAAAU